CAGGGAAUUGUAAUUUUUUCAGUGACUAUCCUUUUUUAUCCUUUUUUUAAUCUAAGUGUGUGAUGCGUGUUUGAAUUUAUGAGGGAAUAAUGGAUUCUGGUAUUGGUUUGGGUAACGAGAAGAAAGUGCGGAAGAUGAAAGUCAAGCUUAGGUUCAGUGAUGAAGUGACUUCCACGGAUCCCGUGAAGAGAAAUGUGAUGAUCAUUGGCCAACUGCCGCAUUUGAACGCGGUUCCUUGGGACAGUGUCAGCAACAAGCUCAAGCCUCGUGUGGAGGAACAGCUCUAUGCAAGGGCCUUGAAGACACUGGGCACCAACAACGGCAGCAGCAGCGUGUGCUCCUUGUUCUUCAACUCGGCCGUCCUCGCGUCCCUGCCGUCCAAGUGCAGUCGUCACAACACGCCGUCGCAGAGCCACGCCGUCACGAAGCUUCUCAAGAACUCCGUCGCCGGCGACCAAUUGGACGUCGUGUUGAUUUGCGAGCGUCGAGACGUGUUUGCCACUGCCUGCGCCGUCGCCCGAGCGUAUCCCUUGUUUUCCCGCAAAACGUCGUCUUUGGGUGUGGAUUCCGUGGCGGCGAAUGAAACCCAGGUGCGAGUGGAGUACGUGUUGGUGGGAGAAGGAGGAGAGAAGACGUCGCUGGCCAAGGCGGACUUUGAGUGUUUGGACGAGAUUGCAGAGUGUGUCCAGUUGGCGGCGAGGAUCGUGGACACGCCGUGCAGCGAGAUGAAUACCAUGCAUUUCCUCAAGGAGAUUGAGAAGGUGGCAGAUGCGACGAAAGCCAAGCUGACUGUGAUCAAGGGCGACGAGCUGCGCGACAAGGGCUUUGGCGGCAUUUAUUCCGUGGGUCGGGCGGCGGAAGUGCCGCCGGUGUUGGCGGUGCUGAGCCACGCGCCGCCGGGGGCGUCCACGACGAUCGCCUGGGUCGGCAAGGGCAUCGUGUACGACACUGGCGGCCUGUCCAUCAAGUCCAAGACCGGGAUGCCCGGGAUGAAGCGGGACUGUGGCGGCGCGGCGGCGGUUUUGGGCGCCUUCAAGGCCGCCGUCCGACGCGGGUUCACCGAGAACCUACACGCUGUGUUCUGUCUGGCUGAGAACGCCGUCGGGCCGCGUUCCACGAAGCCAGACGACAUCAUCACUCUUUAUUCCGGAAAAAGAAUAUUUAUAGAUGUAUGGGAUGAAGAAUUCAAUUUGUUGCUGGAAGUCAAAGAAGUGGAUCCAUUCAUUCCAACCAACACAAAAGGAUUUAUUCCAAAGCAUGGAAGGGAGCAUCCAAAUGAACAUAUUAGAUCAAAUGUACCAGUCAAGAGCAAGAAGAUGCCUGGGGAUCCUGGUCAUUUUUUGCCAUUUCCAGGAAAGAAUAAAUAUGCUGCUGUAUCUCCUGCAGCAUUCAAGUUGGAAAACAAACAAACCACCAGAUUUGUACCUUGGGCGCGUAUUGUUGUGAUUCAUUCAGGAUUGGCAGGUUCCCCAAGGACUGAAGAAUCAGAAUUGCUUCAUCCCCAGUCACAGGAUGCAUCAACAUUGCCAUUAUCAUUGGUUGAAGCUCAAGGUGUGCCUGAGGCACCUGCAGAAAAAUAUAGUCCAGCUCAUGAUGUCCAUGAGGACACAUCUUCAGAAAACAUAAAAGCUGGGCAUCCUGCUGUGACUGAUAUUGUUGACUCCAAAGUCAGUGUAGAGUCAGACACAGGUUCUCUUGGGACCAAGGACACACUUGCCAAGAAAAUGGACCUACCUGAUGUUCCUGUUGAGAAAGGAUCUUCAGAAAGAACAAACUCAACUCAUCCUGUGUUGAUUAAUUUGCCAUCAUCAUUGGUUGAAGCUGAAGGUGUGCCUGAGAAACCUGUUGGAAAAAAUCACCCUGCUCCUGAUGUCCACAAGGACGCAUCUUCAGAAAAAAUAAAAGCUGGGCAUCCUGCCAUGAUUGAGUUUGUUGAUUCCAAGGUCAAUGUGGAGUCAGACUCAAGUUCUGUUGGGCUCAAGGACACACUUGCCAAAAAAAUUGACCUACAGGAUGUUCCUGUGGAGAAAGCAUCUUCAGAAAGCACAAACUGGACUCAUCCUGUCCUGAUUAAUCCAGAGGUUGUUGGUUCCAUGAAUAAAGAGUCAGACUUGAGUCCUCUGGGGAACAAUAAUGCUACUGAAGGGAACAGUAGUCUACCAUAUGAUUAUCCUGUGGAAAAGCCUGCAGAAAACAACCACUUCACUAAUCCUGGACAAGAAGUGUCACUGAUGGACAUUUCAGAUAGAACUGUUGGUUUGCACCUGGACCACCAAUCAAGGAAAGAAUUGGAAUGUGAAAGAAGACAUGGACCAGGCUGGGUUCCAUUUGGUGAAACCUGUGUGGAAAUUCACAUGCAAUGUGGGGAGAAGAGAUGGAUUGUUUGUAAUCCUGCAAGUCGCAAAUUUGAAUGCCGGAGAAUGCCGUGUGCAAAUUCAGACUACAGUCAGCUGAAGAAUGGGACCUGUGUAAAAAUUGCUGAUUUGGCCACCAUGAAAGUGUGUGCUGAAAAUCAGAAGAUGUUCAAAGACAGAUAUGGGCAAAUAAGCUGUGAAUGCAAGGAUUUGCAUGCCUUCUGGGAACCUCAUGGCAAAUGCUAUCCCUUGUACCAAAGAGGUCCUUGUGAGGCAGGGGAAGUGCUGGGACUGUCUGCAGACAAGAGACUAUCAUGCUUGCCCAACAUUUGUGAUUCCAAUGCUGGGGUUGUUUUUGAUGCAGCCUGUGGUUGCUGCUACAAACUGGGUACAAAAGGUCCCUGUGCUCGGAACCUCAUAUUUUCUCUGGAUAGAAAAACUCUUGAACCUGUUUGCAUCAACUCAGCCAAACCCACAGAGUUCCUGAAUUCAGCCUUCACCUGUGCCCUAGGAUCAAUCCGGGCCUGGAAAAAUGUCUGCCUGAAGAAUUUAACCAUUUUUGGUGACGUGUGCCAGGAACAGAACCCCGGGGAGUUAUAUAAUGCUGAAAAAAUGUGCAAGAUUCCUCUGCUGGAGAAAGAACCGUGCGAAAAUGCAGGAACGUGGCGCAUAUUGGAUCUCAGAACGAGUCAGCCGACUUGUGUGGAGGAGCCAUGUUCCCCAUCAGAGUGUUUGAUUGCAGAAUCCGGCAUUUGCGAGGAUUGCAAACGGUUUGGGGAGCAGUGUCAAAAGAAGGGGUUUCGCGGAGUCCUGACUGUGCACGGCACUGCCAUGUGCGACUGUGCUGAUUCCACGGCGUAUUCCAUUUUUGCAAAUAAGUGCUUCCAGUUGCACACCAGGGGGCCAUGUGGCAAAGAUGAGAUUUUUGUGUACACUUACAACGAAACAUUCACACCUUCUGAAUUUGACAAUGGUAUGCGAUGCGAGAAGAAUAUUUGUGGUUAUGAACGCAGUGUUGUUUGGAGCAAUGGACAAUGCUACACACUUGAUUCACAGGGCCCGUGUCAACCGCUGGAGAAACUUUUGAUCAAUCCACAAACCUUGCGACCCGAAUGUUUGAGGAUCAAAGAAGAAGAACCCAAUGCCCAUAGCAUUUUUGGCGGUUUGACGACUGUGGAGGUGAACAACACUGAUGCCGAAGGAAGACUGGUGUUGGCUGAUGGUGUGGUUUAUGCUGAUAAAGUGCUCAAGGCUGAUGUUAUUGUGGACCUGGCAACUUUGACUGGCGCCCAGGGUCCUGCGACUGGGAAAUACCACAGUGCCCUGAUUACCAACGACGAGCAGUGGGAAGAGAUUGCGGUGAAAGCAGGUCGUGUUUCCGGUGACCUCGUCCAUCCUUUGCCCUACGCCCCGGAACUUCAUUUUUCCGAAUUCAAUUCUGCUGUGGCUGACAUGAAAAACUCUGUGGCUGAUCGAGACAAUGCCCAGCCCUCGUGUGCUGCGUUGUUCAUAGCUUCACAUUUGGGUUUCGACAACCCCGUAACUUGGAUCCACGUUGACAUGGCAACCCCUGUGGCUGUGGGAGAAAGAGCGACUGGUUACGGUGUGGGAUUAUUGAACGUGAUGUUUGGCAAGUACUUGAAGUCGGACUUGUUGCGUUCCGUGAGUCCGUUGACCGAGGAAAAUGCCGCCAAUGGGACAAAAGACGGAGAGACGCCUGCGAAAAAAAUGCGAACGGCUCCUGAAGAAGCCUGCCAAAAGGAGGAAACCAAAUUGAAUCCCCUUGAUGGAAUAUUCCAACCUCCUUGGUUUCCAGAAGCUAAAUCGUGUUUCAAACCAGGGUUGAAGGAGAGACUGGAGAACGUGUCGGUGAGGUUGGUCGGUCCUCGUCCCCGACUUUCGGUAGUUCAGAGACAGCUUCAGGGCUUACUCCCAGCUACUUUCAGACAAAGACAGAAUCUUGGUGAGGGACUGGUCCAAAUCCCUGAAAGAUUGUGA